AGUGAAGUAGAUACAGACAAUCACAUUCAUCUAAAUUUUAGAGUAUGAUUUGUAUUUAUUUUUGUUUCAGCCGUCUGAGUAUUUAUACUGUAAUAAUACUUGUGGUUGCUUGUUUUUAUUGUGUGGCAUAACUAAAUCCUCAUGAUGGGUCGUCAAAUAUAACAAUGAACUUCUAGGAGAGCGAUAUUUUCACGACUUGUCUCAUAAUUAAAGGUGAGAUGAUCAACCAACACAACACACUACAUAUUGCACAAGCGUUGUUAGUGGGCCUAGCCAACUCAUCCAGAAGUUGGACCCCGUGCCUGAUGGAAAAUCCGAACCCUUUUCACCCACUCACAGCAUGAAAGUCCAAGCCCAGUUUAUUGGGCCCAAGCCGAUGUCCAUCACAACAGUGACAUGGCGCUGAAAAUAAAAAUGGAAAGAAAAAAAAAAUAGCGCGUCAGGCGGCCGGCAGCACAACCCUACGGGAUUCCGUUUACCAGAGAGCUCGCCGUUCGCCGUGCAGUUUCCUUACCUGCGUUUCGACGGCAACCGUCGCCGCUUGACGAAAGAGGAAGCUCCACCAUAGUCCACAGACAUGGCGAUUCACCGUGACGAUUUAAUCGACGAGGAAGAGAACGAAGAGGACAACGCCCUGUUUCAGGAAGAGAACACGAUCGACUUAGACCUCGAAGUGUCCGAGCCUCUCCGGCCAAUCCUCUCGGCGGCUCGCUCCGGCGACGCCGAAGCUCUCACACAGGCCUUAGAGAAUUUUGAUGGUAACAUUGAUGAACCAUUAGAAGAUGGCGACACGGCUCUCCAUCUUGUUUGUCUGUAUGGCCACUUGAGCUGCGUCAGGGUACUUUUGGAGAAGGGAGCCAAUGUUGAGGCCAAGGACGAAGAUGGUGCGAUUCCUCUACAUGAUGCUUGUGCCGGAGGGUAUACUGAGAUAGUGCAGCUUUUGUUAAACCAUGCAAGUGGCGCCGAGACUGUGAAGAGGAUGCUAGUCACAGUUGAUGAUGAGGGUGAUACUCCACUCCAUCAUGCUGCAAGAGGUGAACACACGGAGAUUGUCAACCUGUUGCUGGCUGCCGGCGCUUCAGUCACUCUGACAAACUCAUAUGGAAAGACUCCCGGCGAGCUGGCUGAGCCACAGACAGAAGCUAGGAGAAUCUUGGAAGCUGCUGAGUUGGCAUUGUGAAAUUGUUUUGGGGGGUACCCUAAGGAGAGUGGACUGCAGUUUAAGCAUUGUCUAAGGGGAUGAUCAUCGGCGAGCUGGAGUUAAGCCUGGAAUCACAUUUGCUGCUACCUGUACUCAGUUGUGUUUAUUAAGUUCUUUUCUUUUUUUGUUUAUAUGCUCAAGAAUCAUGAAUUCAGGAUUAGCUUUCGAAAUUAGAUACACGAUGAAGAGAAAUUUUCUCUAUUGAUUGUUUGUUAGGAGUUUAUAGGCAAAAGGAUAAAUGUGAAUGUCAACUAGGUAUUUGAAGUCCAACCCAUGAGUGAGAGUUUCUGAUAGCUCACAAGUCACAAUUAUCGUUUUCUUGCUCAUACGAAAUGGUAAAUGAUUAGAUACAAACCACUAUGAUGGAAUGAGCUUCAUUAGAGUCCCAUUCAUCCAUGAUUUUGCAGACAUGCUGUCUUUCUUGAGAUAGGGUGGGACACCAAUGUGCAAUUGAGUUGAAUUGAUAAGAUAUUUGAAUCAGGUUA